GUACCGAAGAACAUAAUAAAAAUGAAAUUGUUGAGCUUGUGUUAAGUUCUUUAAUUAGUUGUGAUAGUAGUAAUGAAACUUUACUAGAAAAAGAAUUGCAAAAAGUCAAUGAUGAACCUGAUAAAAAUAAAAUCAAAGAAAUAUUUAAUAAUGUGUUCAAAAGUCUCGAUAAUGAUAUAUUAAAAAAGCAAGAAGGUUAUGAAUUUGAAGAUUCUGUAGGGGACUCUCCUACUUAUGCCGGUUACAAAAAUGAACAAAUAAGAAGAAUUACUGCAAACCAUAAUUUAGAUAAUGAUGGUAAACAACUAAAUUUAGCUCAAUCAGGUCUUAUUGAAAUAAAUAAUCAAGACAUUGAUUUUAUUCUUGAUGUGGAAAUUUUUCUUAGAGAUUCUGUUAAGAAAUUUAAGGAAGAUAAUGAAGAAGAAACAAAAGCUGCAUCUUUUUUAAUGGGAAAAAAUGGAUUUUAUGAUGAAGAGACGGAUGAUGCAACUUUCGUAUCUAUCUUUUUCAAACAGAGCAAGGAUGAAACUGUCAAAGAUUUAUACAAGAGAAUUAAUAACAAGAAAUUUAAAUAUUGGGGUUCACUUGAUAAAGAGGAAAAAUUUGCUUACAGGAAAAGCAUUUUUUCCAAUAUGACUAACAAAAAAAACUCAGGCAUGUGA